GCUGGUCGCUCCAGCCUCCCGGCGCCGGCUCGGCUCCUCCCCGCCCAGCCAGCUUGCUGGCUGCCCGCCGGCCAGGGCAGUCUGCAGAGCAGUGGCGUGCGGAGCGGCGGCGUACCGCUUCCAGGGGCUAAGUGAUGGAUCUUGUACUCAGUGUUGCAGAUUACUAUUUUUUUACACCAUACGUAUAUCCAGCCACAUGGCCGGAAGAUGACAUCUUCCGACAAACUAUUAGUCUUCUGAUUGUAACAAAUGUUGGUGCUGACAUCCUUUAUUUCUUCUGUGCAACACUGAGCUAUUAUUUUGUCUUUGAUCAUGCAUUAAUGAAACAUCCACAAUUUUUAAAGAAUCAAGUCCGUCGAGAGAUUAAGUUUACUGUCCAGGCAUUGCCAAUGAUAAGUAUUUUUACUGUUCCACUGUUCCUGUUGGAGAUAAGAGGUUACAGCAAAUUACAUGAUGACCUAGGAGAGUUUCCAUAUGGAUUGUUUGAACUCAUCAUUAGUAUCAUAUCUUUCCUCUUUUUCACUGACAUGUUCAUCUACUGGAUUCACAGAGGCCUUCAUCAUAGACUGGUGUAUAAGCGCCUACAUAAACCUCACCAUACUUGGAAGAUUCCUACUCCAUUUGCAAGUCAUGCUUUUCACCCUAUUGAUGGCUUUCUUCAGAGUCUACCUUACCAUAUAUACCCUUUUAUCUUUCCGUUACACAAAGUGGUUUAUUUAAGUCUGUACAUCUUGGUUAAUAUCUGGACAAUUUCCAUUCAUGAUGGUGAUUUUCGUGUCCCCCAAAUCUUGCAGCCAUUUAUUAAUGGCUCAGCUCAUCAUACAGACCAUCAUAUGUUCUUUGACUAUAAUUACGGACAAUAUUUCACUUUGUGGGAUAGGAUUGGAGGCUCAUUCAAAAAUCCUUCCUCCUUUGAGGGGAAGGGACCACUCAAUUAUGUGAAGGAGAUGACAGAGGGAAAGUACAGCAGCCAUGCGGGGAAUGGUUGUAAGAAUGAAAAAUUAUUCAAUGGAGAGUUUACAAAGACUGAAUAGAUUAUUGCCCAGUUAUUCCUAAGUAAGGACAAAGAAGGAAAUAUCAUAUUUCUUUUUUUUAAUAAGGAAAAAAUAAUCUCCAUACAGCCAAGAUACAUAGUAAGCAAAUGGUAUCAUUUGGAAAUCAGCAUUGUGGGCACUGCUGAGGAAUGAUCAUAGUGCAGUCCAGGAGAAGAUGCUGUGAACAUCAGGAUUUUAAUCUUAUGCUUAAAAUGCCAGAUGUUGUUCAGGGGACAACUUGUAUCUUUCUAGCAGCAGAUCUGUAGUUUGUGUAGCCUCAACAACAAUUAGAAAUAAGAGAACAAAUUAUUGAGGGGACUAGGCUAUAUGCAUUUGCCUUAAUCCACUCAUUUUUAUUAAGAAUCAUCAUGCUUAAUAAUACCAAGACUAAGCACCGUAACCAAGAAAUACUAAUAUAAAGAUUGUUUCUUGUUUCAGGAAUGGUUAAUUCUUCAAUGUUGGUUUGAUAAUGAUAACUUGUAGUACUUUAUUCAAGUCAAAACAUCAGUGUGGAAAAAAAUUUGGAUACAUUAGCAGCUAUGUAACUGACCUAAUUGAUGGCAGGUGUAAUAAGACUAUCGUCUUCCUACACAUAGGAGGCUCAUUCUCUGGGCAGACUGUCAACUGUUACAUUUUACUGAUUAAUAAAUAAAUUGGAAUUUAAAAAUAUCGGUAUCACCAUGAUUUAAUCCAGAUCUGGUAUUAUGUAACUAAACAUGGUGGUGAUUAUUAUUUAAAACCAUUAUUUAAUAAGAGUAAAAAUAUGUGAAUCUGGGUAUAUUUUUAAAAAUUGAUGCCCAGAUAUAUUAGGCACUACUGAUUUUUUAAUUAAAUUGAUGGACUACACUUUUGAUGUUUCAAAGUUACAAACCCGUGAUUUUUUUUGUAAAGGAAAUAAUUGCCAAAUACCCAUUGCUGACAAUUAGUUUUAAAAUCUUUUUCCUCCUCUUCUCCCCUCACUUUUCCCUACUUCCUCUGCAAAAAGAUUUGACAGAUACUUUCAUAAGGAAAUGUGUGUUAUAACGUAAAUAUAUUGCAAAAACAUAGUUUGUAAAGGCAUUCUAUAAGCUAUUUAUGUAAAAUCAAUAAAAGUUGAUCAUUAUAAUUAAACUGUAUCAGUUAAAUAUUAGAGCAGCACAGAGUAUUCUUUGUACAGAUUUUGUCAAAUUGAAGCCACAGAAAUGAUAUGGAUUGUUAAAUGUGUUUCAGAACAUCCCCAGAAUACUCAGUGUCAUGGGGAGAAAGAAGUGGGUACCACAUUCUGUUUAUAUUUCACAUUUUAACUAGAUUUGAGUGUUUUAGCAAGAAAUCGGUCAUGAAAUCUAAUGUCUGGGAUCCAGAAGAAAAUGUCUUUAUGUGUUAUUGUCACAAUGUCGUCUUAUUUAAAUGUACCAACUAGUAUUUUGUAAUGGGCAAACAUCAUUUAAUACUUUUCACUAAUCCCACUCGCCCCCGGUGCUCCACCUUGCCUAAGAAAAGGAAAUUAAGGAGAAGUAAACUUUAUUUCCUGAUAUAAUGACAGCUGAUAUUUAUUGAGCUUUUCCUCUUUGCCCAGAGACUAGGACCCAAAGAAGUUAAGUCACUAUUCCAAGGUUUAUUUCUCUCUCAUAUAAUGUCCCAUGCAGAUGUUUGUGGUCAGUGGACAGCUUUCCACCUAGUCAUUCUGCGACCCAGGCUUCUUCCUUUGGGCCUCUGCCUUUCUCUCAGUCCAUAGAGCCCUCUUUGUUGAAGGAGCACAUAGGAAAAGAAGGAAAAGUCUGCAUGGCAAAUGCUCACGGGUGAGGCCUGGAAGUGGUGCAGAUCUCUUCUGCCCAUGUUCCUUUGGACAGAACUCAGUCACGUGGCCCACCUAGAGAGAUUUUGGAAAGUGUGUCCAGCUGUGUGCCUGGGAGGAAGGGGGCACCAUUUUCUUGAGCAGCUGGCCUAUUGCCAUGUUUGUAGUGUUUAUUCCCCUCUUCUUGACGUUGAAAUGGUGAAUGAGCCAUGAAGUAUUUCAGGUUAUCCACAUGCUGAUCAUCUCAGUGUCUUUAAUUCUGUAACUCCAAUUGUGAAUGUUCAAGCUUCCUCUAGAUUCUUACUCCUGUAUAGCUAAUAGAGAAGAAAGGACAGCUUCCUGUGGGGAAGACAGACGCUUCCUCAUAGGUGUUAGGAAUAAUCAAACUUGCCCGUGCCCUUUCACCCAUCUCAAAUUCUGGUCUCUUAAAGCAGUGUUAUGUUAAGUAGUCCUAACAUUUUAAUAUACACUACUGCCACAUUCUCCUGUUUUCUAUUAGAGGAAGUCAGAAUGUUCAUGGAAGUGAGGACCCAAAUUACCUUCUACAGGUGACUCUGAAACCUUUUAUAGUUACAAGACGGCAAGUAAAAAUCAAGAUUUUCUACUUUCGUGGUAGAAAUUGAGAAGUGGGUGGAUAUGGUUCAAGAAGACCUUUCAGAAACCCAGAGACUAAGUCUUUGUCUUCCUUCCUGUCUCUGCAAUACUGAGUGAAUUUCCUCAUUCCCCUGUAUCAUGUUUUCCUCCCAUCUUCUAGAAGCUGGGGACAGAUUUGGAAGAGAAUUAUACAAGUUCAGUUUUUGGAUUCAUGGAGUUUACAGUGUAUGCAGGUUAUUUAUGUAGAGAGGAGGUUUGGGAGAAAGAUGGAAACUAUAGGGAGAUGACUGAGAACAAAUAUAUUUGGGACUAACCCAGAUAGAGGAAAAGUUUGAAACCAUGAGAUUGCCACAGAGAGCAUAAAGAAAGAUAUUCAAAGACACUAACGAACUCGAGGGGGGUGCAGUGGUCUGAAUGUGUCCUCCAAAAUUCAUGUGUGGAAAUAUGUUCGCCAGUGAGAUAGGAUGUAGACGUGGAAGUCUACAUCCUAUCUGAGGAAGUGAUUAAGUCAUGAGGGCUCUGAGAUUAAUGACUUGAAAAGAGGUGUGAGGCAACUGGUGAGCUCUUCUGUCCCUUCUAACGUGAGGACCCAGCAACAAAGUACCAUCUUGAAAGCAGAAACCGGGAACUCGGCUGACACCAAACCCACUGGUGCUUAAGCAUGACUUCCCAGCCUCCAGAGCUGUAAGAAAAUAAAUUUCUGUUAUUUAUAGAUUACCCAGUUGAAGAUACUUUCUUAAAGCAGUACGAAUGGACUAAGACAAGGGGGAGGAAACUUCCAUUCCUGAUCUUCCCAGCUUGUUCAAAUUCAUGACACUUGAAUGACAGUCUUAUUUCAGCACUUAACUGCUAUCACCUAUUACUUUUAUGUGCGUCUUAUCUAUUUUAGAUGCCAGAUUCCUUGGAAGUAGAGACCAUGUCUGAAUCAUCAUUGUAUUAAACCACUCAUCCUUAAAAAAUGCCCAAGACGUGGUUAAAGUUCAAUAAAUACUUUGUUGAAUUUAUUAAUAAAAUGGCAGAAAUGUCAUUCUCUUCAAUAUAUGUUUAAUAAAUACCUGAUAGGUGCCAAGCACUGCACUAGGUAGAAAUUCUCUUCUGAUGCUAUCUUUUUAGCCAACAGUUUUUUUUCUCAUUUAUUCAUUAGCUGACAUUUGCUGAGUGCCUUGGAGGGGUCAAAAGGGGAAGUAAUGAGAAAUCAAACAUGGUCCCUACAUCAAGGAUAAACUUUUUUUUUUUUUUGUCACUCAAAGUCAUAACCGUUUGGAAACAAAACCCACCAGUACCCCAGAUUUUGACCACAGAUGAAUCAGUAAUACAAGAACUGGUUAGAGAGUUGAAUGAAUCUGUAUACUCAGCACUUAGCACUCUGGGUAAAAGAAAAAAGAUCCUUAAAGAUAUUAGUUGGUUACAUCAAGAAAGGGCAAACCUGGGAGGUUAAUCUGUAACUUCACCUCAGAGGAACAGGAACUUCGGAGAUAAACAGGGCUCUGCCACUUGCAAGUUGCACAAUCCUGGUUUCUCCAUCUGUAAAUUGAUUAAAACACUGCCUAUCUAAUAAGAUUAAGUAAGUUAGAAGCAUUCAGUUAAAUGUCAACUGAAGCUGUUGUUCACGUAAAUUGUGCUUGAUGCUUUUUCUUUCUAGAUUCAAUGAUUAUUGUCAUUAUACCUCAAUAGGCCCUCAAUAGAAAUCAGUUGCAGAGGGCAGAAGCCUAGAUAUUUUCACCUUAAAAUUGGAGGGUGAAAGACAUUGAGGUGAAGUAGAGAUAGAGGGUACAGAGAAAAAUCGUAUAAGUAAAACUAACAUUGUUAACAUUAUUUACUGUAAGUUAUCUUUGUAAGAGAGAUAAAAUACAUACAUUUUGUGUUGUUACAUUAUGUCAUUUAAAAAACGCAUCACUUUGUGUGUUUUUAUAUUGCUAUAAACCAUAAGGCCAGUCUACAAGGUUUGCAGAUAAAAUAGAAACAUACCUUCCUUGAAAAGCAGAAUAAAUUUCUCAAAAAAGGCAGGAAGGAAGUGUUUGAACCAUGUGUCAACAAGCUUUACUGUCAAAGCAGGCUUUUGGUAUGGAAAGAAAAAUACUUGUUUUAAUAUUUGCUUUAUUAAAAUACAUUUAAAAUAUAGCAUUUUUAAAUCUCUAAGCUCAACUUGAAGACAUAAGAACAGUAAAUUUGAUAAAAAUGAGAAAUUACAUUCCCAUUUCUUUAACAAUUUGCAAAUUCCAAUUAUCCUGAACAUUUAAUACCACUUACAUAUUUUAUUAAUCACAUUUUCUUAAACAUUUGAUAAGAGAUUUAAUAUUUUGAUCCAACUACCAAAAAGGCAGACUUGUGUACUUGACAGAUUUUUCUAAACACUUGACAACUCACGAUUCAAACAUAAACACAAAAUAGCAUAUCAAAAGUUAAUCGCUCAGUUGGAAAGCAUUCAUACCAUAGGCUUUUGUUCAUUUCUUGAAUAAUUUUGUUAUAUCUUCCUCUUUUAGGCUGCAAUGAGCUAUAAUUGCACUACUGCACUCCACGCUGGGUGACAGAGCAAGACACUAUCUAAAAAUUGUGUGUGUGUGUGUAUAUAUAUACAUAUAUAUAUAAAAGUAUCUUCCUCUAUUAUAGUUUAACUGAUUAAGCCAUUUAUUUAGAUGGAAACUUGGCCCCCUGACAUGUGCCAUGAAACAAAUAGAAACCUAGAAAUUUAGUACAUAUUCAAAUAUUAAGACAGACACUGGUGUGGUGACUUUUGUCUAUCCCUUAAUUGGGACGUUUUUUCUUUCUGAUCAACUUAAUGAAAGUAUAAUUUACUAUAAUUAAGUGUAGCCAUUUUUACUGUAGAGUUCAGUGAUCUUUGAUGAAUGUGUAUACCCAUGUAACCACCCCCCCAAUCAGUAAAGAGCAUUUUCUUACCAGAAUAAAUUUCCUCUCCCUUUGCAGUCAUUCUCCCCAGCCCUAGGUCACCACUGAUCUACCUUCUGUUACUGGUAGGUUAGUUUUCUUCCCUGAUUUAGAAUUUCAUAUAAAUUAAAUCAGAUAGUAUAUACUCUUGUGUUUAGUUUCUUUAGCUUAGCAUGUUUAGAGAUACAUGCUGUUGCGUAUGUCUGUAGCUUUUUGUUUUUAUUGCUGGCUGGUAUUUCAUUGUAAUAUACCACAAUUGGUUUAUGUAUUUGCUGAUGGAUAUUUGUGUUAUUUCUGGUGUGAGAUCAUUAAUAAAGUUGCUACAAACAUUUGUGUACAA